AUGAUUUUCACUUUUGGUUCCGUCAAAAGACACUUUUCGUCAGUAGCCCUGCCCACGGUCUAUGCACUGUCGACGUACCCCGCUCGAUCGGCCAUAGCCGUCGUCAGAAUCACCGGCCCGUCCUCGGUAUCGAUAUAUCGGGCUUUAACGGCCAGACAGCAGCCCAAACCACGAAUAGCCACUCUCGCCAAGCUCUACCACCCUAAAACCAAAGUUAUUCUAGAUGAGGCCAUAGUUCUGUAUUUUAAAGGCCCGAAUUCGUAUACCGGAGAAGAUAUGCUCGAGCUUCAUCUCCAUGGAGGUACCGCAGUGAUCAAGUGCAUAAUGGAAAGCCUGGAGCUUUUGCACACUCCUGCAAACCCAAUAAGGCCAGCAGAGCCUGGCGAUUUCUCCAAAAAGGCAUUCCAGAAUGGUAAAAUGGAUCUUACCCAAGCUGAGGGCAUUAAUAGUCUGAUCCACGCAGAAACUGAACGACAGAGACUUUUGUCCCUAACCUCCAUGAAGGGAGAAACCAAAGAACUGUUCCACCAUUGGCGGGAGCAAAUCUUGAACACAUACGCGCUCAUCACAACAUUAAUAGAUUUUGGAGAAGAGCAUGACAUUGAAGAAAUCGGCCAAUUGUUCGAAAGAGCAGAGUCUGAUAUCAAAACACUGGAAACCGAAGUGAGAGGGUACCUGGAAAGAGUCCAGCGAUCACAGACAUUAAUGGAUGGGUUCAAGAUUACGCUGUCAGGCCCGCCUAAUGCUGGAAAAUCAUCUCUUUUGAAUAUUAUCGCUAACGAAGACCGGGCCAUUGUGAGCGAGAUUGAAGGCACGACGAGGGACUCGAUCGAGGUGCCUCUAGACAUCAAUGGAUAUAAAGUCGUGAUUGGCGAUACGGCAGGAAUUAGAAACGCCGAAAACCAAAUUGAACAAGAAGGGAUUAGAAGAGCGAAGAUGAAGACUUCGGAAGCAGAUUUAAAUCUGGUGCUCCUCCCGUGCACCCCUCGUGAGUUGAGAAAGGAAAUGAAGGACCACAUUCGCUCAUGUGAUAAAGAAAAAUUGCUGAUAAUUCUGAAUAAAAGUGAUCUGGUUACCCCUGACCAGGUUGGAAACUUGGUAGCGCAACUAGAACAAGAGUUUGAGCCGAAGGAGAUCAAAGUCAUCAGUUGUCGCAACAAAGAUGGUAUACACGAUCUUUUGAAUACGAUAACGCAGAAACUUGAUCAUUGGACACAGGAUGAGCCGAUAUUUGUGUCUAGCAGAGUUCAAAACAUCAUUCAACACGAUCUGCUUUUUGGGUUUGAAGAAUUUUACAUGCAUUCUAAAUCGAACGACGUGGUCCUCGCCGCUGAGGCGCUCAAAAUUAGCAUGGAGGGUAUUGGAAAGAUCACCGGCGAGGCCAUCGGGGUAGAAGAGAUUUUAGGAUCUAUUUUUGCAAAUUUCUGCAUCGGUAAAUAG